CCCAAGCUACUGAUUCCCUUGUCGUCCCGCAAACACAUUCAGACCCAUCGACCCUUUGUUCGAUGAAUGUGUUUGAGUCCUUAGAGGAGCUAGAGGAGGAGUGGUCUAGAUUAGACCCGCUAGCUUCUUGGACGGCACUAGCUAAAGGCCCGAAGGGUGAGAUGUUCGUCAGCGAGAUAGUCAUAGGCGGUCGCAAGGCCGGGGCCUAUUAUGACACUUGCUCGACACGAAACUUUAUUAGUCGCGCGUGUGUUGAGAGGCUGCGUUUACAGGGGCAAGUGCAGCGCCUGAGUCGACUUGUGGAGUCGACCUGUGCCAACAAACAGCGCAUGGUAAUCCAUGACUACCUCUCUGUAGCACAGCCCCAGCUUGACUGGGACCGAAAAGUGGUCAAGCACACUUUGCCAGGUGGAGGGACCGCCAGAUUACACAAGUUCAAAGCUAGUAGUCUGAUCGAUUCCCAUGGAUGCAUGUGUGCGGCCGCGUUCUAUAACUACUAUAAGCAACAUCAGGAGGAGGGUAUGUACUUAGUAUAUGUCUCUGCUGCAGGCGAGCCGGUGAAAAUGCCGCCGGAGAUAGAGGGAGUAGUUGCCAAGUACCCUGAUCUAUUUGAAGAGCCAACAGGGGUUGUUGAUAGGGAGGUCGUCCACGCGAUAGAGAUUAUCCCAGGGUCUAGUAUUCCGAAGGGUAGGAUCUAUCGGAUGUCUCCAGGCGAGCUUGAUGAGCUACGCCGCCAACUCAAGGAACUCAUAGAGAAGGGUUGGAUCCGGCCGAGUGUCUCUCCUUACGGAUCUCCAGUACUAUUCGUACCUAAGAAGAAGGAGGGCACUCUCAGGAUGUUCAUUGACUAUAGGGGCCUCAAUGCCAUCAUUGUGAAGAACAGAGAGCCCCUACCGUGCAUCGAUGAUCUGUUAGAUAGAGUGCAAGGGUGUCGGUACUUCAGUAAGAUAGAUCUGAAGUCCGGGUACCAUCAAAUUGCAAUCCGGCCCGAGGAUCAACACAACACCGCAUUUCAGACCAGGUACGGUCUGUACGAGUUUGUGGUGAUGCCUUUUGGCCUUUGCAAUGCUCCUGGCACCUUUCAGCACACUAUGAAUCAGAUAUUCCAUGACUACUUGGAUAAGUUUGUCGUCGUGUACCUCGAUGACAUACUUAUUUUUAGUAAGACUAUCGAGGAGCACGUAGCACACUUAGACAAAGUUCUCAGUCUCCUGCGACAGCACAAGUUUAAGAUCAACGGUGAAAAGUGCGAGUUUGGCCGCACCCAUAUCUUGUACUUGGGUUAUGAGAUCUCCGCGGAAGGGUUGAAGCCCGAUGACGCGAAGGUGGCCAGCAUUCGCGACUGGCCACGUCCUCAGUCUGUGACUGAGAUGAGUUCUUUCUUAGGAAUGACAGGCUAUUAUAGAACUUUCAUGAAGAACUAUAGCAUAGUGGCGGCUCCUUUGACUGAUCUGACCCGCCUUGACACCCCAUGGGAGUGGACAGAUAAGUGCGAGGCUGCUUUCAGACAUCUGAAGCAUGCAUUAAUGCACUAUGAAGUCUUGAAACUUCCUGAUCCUGACAAGCCGUUCAUAGUCACCACGGAUGCCAGCCAAUACGGCAUUGGCACCGUGCUCGCGCAGCAGGAGGGGUCAAAGUUGAGGCCAGUUGAGUACAUGUCUAAGAAAAUGCCAUCUCAAAAGUUGGCUAAGUCCACUUAUGAGAAGGAACUCUAUGCGGUGUACAAGGGUCUCACCCAUUGGAGACACUAUCUCCUUGGGAGGUUCUUCAUCCUCAGAACUGAUCAUCAGACCCUGAAAUGGAUGAGAACCCAGCCGGUACUCUCUGACGCUCUCAAGGGUUGGAUCGAAGUCAUUGAGCAAUAUGACUUUGACCCUCAAUAUCUAAAAGGGGAGUAUAACAAGGUUGCUGACGCCCUGUCGCGUAGACCAGACUUCUUAGGUGCGCUGAUUACUGAGUUCAGUCUCACGGACAAUGUUACUCAAUCUUUGGUGGAAGCCUAUCGCAAGGACCAGUUUAUGUCUGAGAUCAUACGCAGACUUGAGGCGAAGGACAAGAAGACGUCCGCCGAGUUUGAGUUGGUUAAUGGCUUGCUGUUCCUUGAGAAGGCAGGGAAUAAAUGAUUGUGUGUUCCCAAUAGUGAGUCUUUACGUAG